UUACAAUUAAGAUGCAGCGACUUGCUCGCUCCCUCUUUACGUCCGGUGCCCGGGCUGCAAAGAGCGUUAAUGCUCCUAUCAGAGAUCAAAACAUCUCCGACCUAGUUCCUCUUAUCAACGUCUCAAGCCUAGAGUAUGCCUCUCAAGCCAAGCAUCUGAGCACCGUCAACCAAGCCCUCCAAGACAAGGGAAUGCUCCAAUUGCAACUCGGCUUUGCAGACGACGACAGCCACUUCCUCCAGACCCUGAUCUCCAACCUCCACAAACACCAUAAUCACGGCCUACCCAUAACCCAUAGCGCAGAACGAGGCUGGUUCUGGGACGUCCGACCCAGCUCAGAGAGCUUUCAGAGUCAUGACCACCAGGCCAGAUCGGAGACCAUGCAGGAGUUUGAGUGGCACACGGACUGCAGCUACGAAGAAAGCCCACCACGGUACUUUGCCCUGCAGGUCCUGCAGCCUGAUCGAUGCGGUGGUGGAACGCUGUCGGUGUUGAAAGUGGAUCGUCUCCUGCGUCUGCUUUCCCCGUUUGCGCAGAACGGGCUUUCAAGCCAUGAUUACCGGAUUACAGUUCCCACGGAAUUUAUCAAGGAAGAUGGACAGAAGCAUAUCAGGGGUAAUAUGCUCGCAGUUUAUCCAGGCUGCUGUCAAUUGCGUUUUCGAGACGAUAUCACCGAACCCCUGACAGAAAAUGCGGCCAAGGCAUUGGAGGAGUUGAAAGACGUUCUUUCUGGUAAAAAUGCGGAGGAGCAGGCUCUUCAUCUGACGCCGCAGAGUCUUUCACGGGGAUCGAUCAUCAUGAUGGACAACAGACAAUGGCUGCAUGCCAGGAAUGAACUGAGAGAUCCUCGUCGACAUUUGCGGCGGGUGCGGUGGGAUGCGACGCCAUUCGGUUCGGCUGGUUUGUCUUGUGCAUGAUGUGCAGGUAUCAUUUCGUUAUGCGCGUCUAUUAGGAAAUGCAUUGUUUGUUAUUGUGCAGUAGGACGUAAAUAGGAGCGAAACUUACAAUACCCUAAUACAAAAUUAUAAUUCUCGAC